AUUAGCGCGCCAUCCUCCCACUGACACAUCACAUCUGGAGAUUAGUGAUUUAGUUUAGGGUUUUUUUUCGGUGGGAUUUUCUUUUUUGACGUCUCCUUCAGCUUCUCCAGGAGGAAUAUACGGGUCUUCAAAAUACAUUUUACCAACGCACAUCUCUUUGGGAAAGCAGCAACAGAAAGAAGUAUGAGAUUUGUUUGUUUGUUUUUUUCCGAGUGAAGCUCCGGUCCUUAAAUCUCUCCGAUGGUCCCCGGUGUGCCAGCUGGCUGACUCCCAGCAUCUGACUGCUGGACGCGGGAUGGGAGCCACCCACCUCUGACCCGUUUCUGACAGGAGGAGACAUUUCAAGGAUACUAGCGAGGAGUCGAUUAGUUUUGAAACAAAUCGGGUUUUGUUAAAGAGGUUACAGGUAAAGGGGACGCUACGUUUUGCUGUGAUGCGUUUAUGGGAUUACGAGAUAGAGAACAGACAGGACGCCUUUUUAGCAUAUUUACUAAUUCAACACUAGUUGAAUGUAGCUCUUUGCUGGAUCACCCUAAAGAGUGUAAGUAACUCUAUAGUAUGAAUUUAUAGACAUAAUACUUUAUUGCACCGAAAAUAAACGUACUAUAGCUGCUAAGAUAGGCGAGGUAAUGCUGUAAAUAAAGCCCCCUUUGUGCAAUACAUGCCUUUUAACCGCCUCCAAACAGGAGUGCUGCUGGCCCAUUUGAGCAACAGAGCCACCUGUGCUGUUGCACUCAAGCCUGUGAGCACUAUGUGCAAACAGCAGCUAUACAAACACAUGGCUUAGCUGAAAAGGUCUGAUUUCUUCCAAAGCAACAAGUUGGAAACAAGUGAGAAGAUUCUUCACACUACUGUGGAUCUGUAAACUCAUACCCUGCUUUCUGCCCAUGUCAAAUCUGCAGCACAAAAGGAAAAUGUGUUAAAUGUUUCUUUAAUGCAACAUUCAAACCUUUGAUCUGCACAAUCACUCUUUAACUCUCUAUUGCACGACUCUCACAAGUUGUGCUUCCAUUUUCAAUUCCACAGCAUCCUCCCUAAGAUAGCAAUCAUCCAGUAGCUUAUAUGGUCAGCUGCUGAAAGGGCCAUAUAUCAAGCAACCUGUGUGUCAACGUACUGGCAUCAUUUGGUGUCUUAUUGUGGAGCUAAACAUGCCAAAGGGUGUGCCACAGAAUAUAAAUAGUUGAACAAAGGCCCUUUUGGUGCUAGCAAGGGGGCGGAAACCUGAAACUCAGAGUGAUUCCUGCCUCUGGUAACUCUAUACGCUAUCACGCUGAACAAAGCUGCAGAAAAUAAAGAAUGAUUUAGAUCCUGAGCGGGCUAAGAGACAAGGCAUAUCUUCCACACUGCUGCUGUUUGGAUUUUCAGGUGCUUAAGAAGACCAGAUCAGCAGGAAAACCCACCCACCCCUCCUUUCAAUGCUUUUAUGAGCUGGAAAAAAUAAAAAAAGGAGAAGAAAAAUAAGACUCCCGGAGCGCAUCACACCCAGAGUCCCAACAGCCUAUUCUCUCAACUUUUAUUCAUAGUCAGGACAUUCUUCACCACCAAGCUGGAGUAGUUGCUGUUUGGAUCUGUAUUGUAUGUUCUAUUCUGAAGUGUGUAGGUGUGUGAUGUGUGGUGUGUUUUGACGCCGUUGAGUCCCUCCACCAGUCUUCUUUCUGCUGUCAGGAUGUCCCAUCUGCUGCUAACCCUGGCCCUACUGGCACUUCAAGCAUGUUUGUGCCGUGGAGCCUGCGUAGAGGUGGACUCAAAUACAGAAGCCGUGGAAAACAAAGGCUUCAAACUGGGAUGCAUCUCCUGUAAGCAGAGGAGCGAGGUUCCCGCCAGGGCCGUUGUCGACUGGUUUUUCAAAUCUUCAGAUGAUUACAACUUCACCCAUGUAUACCGAUAUGAAAAUAACAUGCCGCAUAUCACGGACGAACGUUUCUUUGAUCGUCUCGCUUGGAAGGGCAGCAAAAACACAGAGGACCUGCAGGACGGCUCCAUCUACAUCCUGAACGUGACAUUCAAUGACACGGGAAUCUACAAUUGCACAUUCACCCGAACCCUUGUGUAUCCUAACUACGAGUUUUCCAACAUCACCAACAAGACUGUAAACAUGAAAGUGGUGGCAGAACUCACCAGGGGAUGGGCAUCCAUCUUGUCUGAGGUGAUGAUGUACGUAUCCAUCAUCGGGCUGCAGGUAUGGCUGGCGAUUGAGAUGGUUUACUGCUACAGGAAGAUUUCUGCGGCUGGAGAGGAAGCUCUAAGAGAGAGCGCGGCGGAGUAUUUAGCAAUAGCGUCGGAGAGUAAAGAUAAUUGUGCAGCUGUACAAGUGGCAGAAUAGCACCGGUCGAGGAAAAUUCCAGAUGGCCUCCUUGAGAAUCUCACAUUCCCACUUUGAUGCUCGAGUCUCCUCUGACCGUCACUCAACUCCUGUGAUCCUCUACACACGAUGGAAGGACUAAACCACAGAGAGGAGACAGAUCUUCACAGGACUACCUGCAAAAAGAUGGAAAGGACUGAAUUGUGUCGUGUUACGGGGACAGGAUGGAUGCAGCAGCUUGUUGUUAAACAGGAAAGAGAUAAAGGAUAUAACUGUAUAUAAGUAUAUAUGCACUGAUCAUCUUAUAUAAAUAGUGUAGGCCUUAUUGAAUAUCCACUAUCUGCAUGCUUAUAAGCUAAUCCAAAUGAACAACAUCAAGCUUCUAAUGUUCGGUUGAAUUUUGUAUUUGAAUUAAGAAGCUUGGUUGCAGAUAUAAAAUAUGUAUUUAUGAAUCAAUAUUUGAAUAGGUAAAUAUAUAUAUUAUAUAAUAUAUAAUAAAUCAUAUGUUUAAAGUGUAUUUUAUUUUUAACUUAUAUACUUUAAGGACUGAAUUUGGCUAAAAGAGUUCUUGCUGUUGUGAGGUAACACAGGGAGAAUGUAGACACAGGAAUCACUGCUGAUGUCCUUUCCUGCCAUGAAACAUUUGAGCAGUUUUUAUUCCAAAGAGAACCAAGUUUUUAUUUAAAAAAUCCUCAAAGUGUCUCAGAAAACAGCAUUUCGGCCAAAAUGAGAAACAAUAAUAAGUCUUUAUAUCAGCAGUGUUCUCACAGCUGGACAAAGUCUAAACUUAAACCCCAGAGUGCAGAAAAUCCAACCCUCUUUCACCAUGUUUUACAUACAUAUUUGAAUUAAGCUGGUAUGAGAACGUUGAUAUGAUAGGUGCAUGUUAAUGUUCUGCAAAGGCUAAAAUCCCAAAGUUUUCUCCAGAAGGAGUUUCUCUCCCACUGACUCCCCUCCCUGCAUGAAACGCCCUGAAUGGAUUCGUUUGUAUACUUCUAAAACAGUGACAUCACUGUGUUUCACUCGCGCUUCUGUUAGCUUAUGCUCCAAAACAUUGUACGUGAUAGCUAAGAGGUGGGACAUCUCUAACAGUUGACCAAUCACCACAGAUUUGGCCAGCUAACCAAUCAGAGCAGACUGCGCUCUGGUUUCAGACAGAGGGUGAAAAGAGGUGCUGCAGCACAGGCAGUAUGAGAAUAAUAAAGAACUUUUUGAGCAUUAAAGCAUGGAAACAUUUCACAGUAGAGGCACAAAUAUGAACCUGAAAAUGAGCAGAAUAAGGCCCCUUUAACUUUUCAGACAACAGUAAGGUUUUUUUAUUGUUUCUCUACAUCCCCAAGAGAUCCUGAUGAUCAUGGAUCAAAGUGGAAGAACAAAGAUAUAUUUCAGUGGAAUUACCUUUGAAUUAAAGCCGAAUGCGAAACACUCCACCCCCUGGUGGUCAAGAGCAAAAACUGCCCCUGACGCCAAAGUCUAACAAAUGUAUUGCACCAGAUCAAUUCAUAGCUCACCAAAAAAAUCAGCUUCACCCAACUAUACGAAUUGACAUAACAAGCUGCCACGUUCAGCUGAAUUUCUUAACGAAGUUGAAACCUUUCCACUGUAAUAUGAAACAAAUGUCUAAGUGUAUUGAUCUAACUGCUGUGGGCUAACACCCCACACAUCCUGUCCAGUGUGCCUCCCAGGGUGAAACCAGUGAAAACCAAAAAAAGGAAAGGACAGAGGUGAAGCCUUCUUACAAAUCUUUAGUGCUUUUAAUAAAAUAAAAACGACUUACUUCUUUUUCCAGCUGGCCAGUUGACUGACAGUGAACACUUAGAGGGCAGCCAAACACCCCGAUUGCUGUUCAAAAUACUUUCUGUACCAACUCUUGAGUUUGAUAAAAAUUGAGAAUAUAAGGGGACACGCACGGGCUAUUAUGUAACCAAUACUACAGAGUAACUGCAAGCUGACUGACGUGGAAGGAGUACAAACACAGACUGUCCUAUGGUUUACAAGCUGAUAUGAUAAGUGAAAGCCACUCAAUUUAAGAAAUGUUACACACUGCUGUCAGAAAGUUUUACUUUAAGUUUAGUUUGAAUAAUUAAAUACACCUUUAAUGCAAAAUGAAACUCUCACUGCUCCCCACAUUGUUGGUUUGGCCCCCCUUUCUUUCAACAACAAAUAAAACUGCAUUUUUUUAACUUUGUGUGUGGAAAUGUUGCUUGCCACGAAAAGCAAAGUGAUGCACGUCAAAUAAAUAAAUAAAAUGUG